ACAUGGCUGGAGAAUGCCCUGGAAGCAGAGUGUGUCCCUUCAGGAACAGAUGGGACUAGCUUGCGUGCAGAAAUGUGCCUGCUGUUGUUUGUUCCCUGCUGUAUUGCAGGAAUAAAUGACUCUUUUGCCACUUCAUAAAUAAACAGGAUUAUACUGGAGAUAGUGGCUCCCUUUUUCAUUUCCUCCUUUCCAAAACAUCAUAAGGAAGCUAGGAUUUUGCAUAAUUAAUAAACCUUUUGGCAAUUAGGCCUGAAAAGACCCUUUGUAUCUCAAAGCAGGACAGUGAGAGAUGUGCAGCUGAAGAUUCAUCCAGGACCUGAGGAACCAAAUCUGUGCUCAUGGAAGUGAGACACAGGCUGUGACCCUCAGGCUGAUUUCUCAAUUUCACCUUGCCUUGCUGUUCUUCAGGGUGUGUCAAUGGUAAGGACAGAACAAGGUGUUCUUUGGCUGUGAGGGUUUGUGCUCUUAGUAUGGAUGCUGCACCUUACUUGUGAGCUGCGCUCAAGUGCAGACUGGUUAGGGGAAUUUUUAUCACUAGAUGUUCAUGAGGUGAAGCUCCUGAGACUUCUGAAUGCUGGAUAGGUUUAACAAGAAGAGCCGUAGAAAAAUAAUGAAGUGGUAAGUGAAUCAACUAGUAAUUGUAAUAGCUAGGAGAACUGCAUAACAAAUGUGGAUGGUGCCGAGCUGUUUUUAAAACUCCUUACUUGUUUCAUAAGGCUUCAUUCUUGCUGGUAUUUGAAAUCAAUACCAAUUUUCUCACACCUCUCUUCAAUCCACUUGAGUCUUCAAGCCUACACUUCAGCGCUGAUUACGUGUGGCAGACUGCAAAUGGUCUCAGGGUGUCUCGCUUUGUACAAACAGUAUUUGACAGUCCUGAGCCUGAGGAGGGAAGGUACUGAGAGAACUGGGAGGCUUCCUGAACGAGCCUUCCUUCAAUUCAAACACCACAAACACAGCUUGAGCAGUCUCUCAGCCCUUUCCUAGAGCAGAAUUUCUCUAGGAAGUAGCACUGAAUGGAAGAUAGGACUCCUGGAUUGCUUUCCUGCUGUGCUGAGCUCUGCCUUCUGGUAAGACCUGUGCACCUCCUGGAAGAAAGUUUUCUUCCUCCUGCACAAGUGAAUUCAUCUGAAAGGUGACAUAAAGGCAGAGAUAGCAGUGAUUUCUUAAAUAACAUUCAUCAAAUCAGGAAGGUAGAAUAAGUGAUCAUUACUCUGCCUUCAGCACAAGAGUACAUCAGUGUGCUCUGCAGACAAUAACAGUGGCGAGCGCAGAGAACAGAAGGUUUCUAAGCUAUAUAGUGAUUAUUAUCAAUUACUAUAAGGCAUUUUAAUCUAGAGAGAAAACGUAGAAAAUGGAUCACGGGCAGAAUAAUAAUUUCAGUUUGAAAGAGACCAUCUUGCCCUGGGAAUGUAUGGUUUGAGUGUGGCUCCUGGGUGCUGUGUGCUAAAUCACUUGUGAGGCAGAUGUAAGUGAUUGGCUGGCACAGAAAGCAGCUUCAGAAGCCACACUGUAAACAGAGCAGUGCUGCGAGGCUCUGAGGAAGGCACUGCGUGCAUUGGAGCACUGUGACAGCGGGGAGCAGAGAGCACUGAGACCACACACUGCUCCCAUCUCUGCUUCCAUCUCUGCCUGCUGUGGGCAAGGACUCCAUCAAGGCAGAGGGGAGGGCAGCUCUGCUUCGUUAUCAUCCCCGGGCACUUUGUUUGGAUGAGAGUUGAGAAGGAAUAUUUCCAUGGGUACGGGAUGAGAAGCACGGAAAGGUGAUUUAAAGUCGACGACCUGUCUGGAGGUGCUGGUGUUGCUGGCAAACAGCAGUGCUAAGAGUUGGAGGAGGAAGAUGAAGCCAGGUACCCUCCUGACCCGAGCUACCUAUCAAAGCUGAGAGCAACUGGUGGGGACCUCUUGGAGUCGGACUCCUGGAAAGAACAACGGGAAUUCAGGGGUGCCAUGGAUUCAGAAGCAGAACUAUAGCUGUUGCCAAGCUGCCUUAAAACUGAGAUCAGGACACUACUGGAAAACAACCUAAGAAGGAACAAUUUGUCCUGGGAAAGCAGGUGGCCAAAAGAUCAUUCUUCCCUUGCUCCAUUACACUCUCUGGCUGUGUUCUUGUCCAUAUGUGCAAGAGCUAGGAAAAGCCUAGGCAGAUCUGUGGCCAAAACAAAAGGAACCACUUUGAAAAAGGUUUGGGUUUGAUCAGCAGCAUUCUUGCAACAUGGCUGACCAGGAGACCGAGGACUUAGCAGCAGAAAGCCUCUUGGCCAAGUCUAAGAUGCAUCCCGGUCUCCCACCGUAUGACAUGGAUGAUCAGCUCCUUCCCCGGGAGCCACGGAGCACCUGCGGCUGCUGGGCAUGGGCUCUGCUGAUAGCCACCAUGAACCUCUUAGUCUUUUUCAUCAACUUGCUCCUGAUGCUUGUUAUCUUCACCAUCGUGUUGCUUCCCACCAUUGUGGUCGUCUACUUUGGCUUCCAGUGCCACUCUCGGGUGCUGCACUCCACUGCCCGCUACUGCAGAACCAUCCUGGAUGACAACAGCUCCUCGGCCCUCAUCAUCCUGGGCUUCGUCAUCAUGUCGCCCCUCAUCGUGGUGGCCAUGGCCACCUACUGCAGCCUGGCCAGGCGCCUUCGCCUCCUCAUGUGCUUCCAGCCGUGCAGCCGGGCCCUGUACAAGGGCGUGAAGUGGCGCUGGUAUGAGGAGGGCGGUCUGUGCGGCUGUGCCAGGGGCUGCAGCCCCCAUGUCAAGGCCUGGGUCUGAGCCAGAGGCCCCAUCCCACCCAGCGUGCCCUUCUCCCUAUCCUCACCCUCCCCGCCGCCUCCCAGCAUCACCCUGAGACCUCUGCGGAGCAGCGCUCAUUGUGAGCAAGAGAAGUGUCAUGAGCCACCUCCUAUAGCUUUGUCUAUAUCAUAGUAGAUUGCUGCUCACCACCAGGGAGAGAUUGUCAGUGCAGCUCCUUGGUGUUAAAAACAACAUGCAGCAGAAUUCCUCCAGGACCUGCUGUGCUCAUGGCAGCUCUAUUUCCAGUCUUGACAGCAUGGUCACAGAGGUCUCCUUGGGUUUGGCUGCUGCUGGGAAAGCAUCCAGCCAUAAGGAAGCAGCUGGGGUUUCUCAGUGCUGGGCAGCCCCAACCUCUGUAGGUCAUUGCUUCUGCAGUGCUAGAGAUCUGCAGAGUUCCUACACACCAGAUGUUCUUCCCCAGUUAACAACCCCUCUUUCCCAUAGCCUAUAGCAGUGCUAUGCUUAUUUUCCUGUCCCCGAGCCAGGUUGUUGGGCUGGCUGCAGAUAUACACAGUUCUUUGGGUCUGUCCCCUUCCAGCUGCUGAUCUGAAGUGUGCUUGUCUGGUGAUAGCUGGUGGGUAUUAACCUGCAAAUCAUUCUUUGUCCUUUGCUGUGGUUUUUGUUCAGCUCCAUUUUAAGGCUCCUCGCAGGACGAGCUGGAGAUCUCCAGUGGCCUCAGAGUCACUGCAGGCUCUUCCAGGGCUGGGUAAGAGAUUUCAGAGACAGUGCCUUGUUCUGAGACACCUGGAUGUAGCAUGAGUGCUGCACAAUCCGAAGAGUGGAUGCGAGAAGGUAUGGCAGCUGGGUGUAAGCUCCAGGUGGUUCUGCUGGAGUAGGUUUGGACCAGAUGAUCUCCAGAGGUCAUCCCCAGCUGUGUUGUGAUGUUUCCCUUUAAGCCCUGAUGGUUUCAGGCACGGCAUCAGUGGGGCUGUGUGCUGCCGACUGCUGCAAGCUCCGUGCUCCCCCCGCUGCUCUUCCUGGCUGCCAACUAUUGCCAUUGCUAUGUGUGAAUAAAGAUCAUGCCGAAUCUCCA